AUGGCAGAAAAAUUCCUUAGGACUGGGUACUACUGGCCCACCUUAAAAGAAGACGCGCUUAGUCUAGUAAAAAGAUGCGACAAGUUUCAGCAGUUUGCUCACCUAAUCCGAAGACCAGCUCUGCUUUUGACCCCUAUCACUAGUCCAAUACCAUUCGCCAAGUGGGGAAUGGAUCUGCUAGGACCUUACACAACAGCAUCUAGUGGUUUACGAUAUGUCAUAGUAGCCAUGGACUACUUUACCAAAUGGUCGAUCGUCUUUGAUAACCGGCCGCAAUUUCAGACGCCCAAGUUAGAGGAAUGGUUGGUUGACCACGUCAUCACGCCCUAUUUUGCAUCCGUUGGUUGUCCACAAGCCAAUGGACAAGUAGAAGCAUUUAAUAAAAUAAUUUAUGAAGGGAUGAAGAAGAAGAUAUAUGAUGCCAAAGGUUUGUGGGCAGAAGAGUUGCCAAAUGUUCUCUGGUCAAUCCAAACGACAACAAAAAAUUCAACAGGGGACACAACAUUUUUACUAGCUUACAAUGCAGAAGUCGUGUUACCCAUAGAAAUGUGCGAAUCCACUCUACGCGUAAUGUUGUUUGACAAAAAUGCUAAAUUGAUGAAGGCCGCUCUAGAUUUCCUACCAGAAACUCGGGGAAACGCUGCUUUAAGACAACAAUUGUACAAACUGCGCAUAUCUAGGGAAUAUAACAAAAAGGUCUCUAGGAAUAUUCUGAAAGUUGGAGAUUAUGUACUAAGGAAAAUGGAGGUCGUUGGACGUGCCAAUGAACAAGGAAAGCUCACUCCAACUUGGGAAGGCCCAUAUGAGAUUUAUGAUGAAGUCCGUGAUGGCACCUAA